CACCCAUUGCAGUGUACGCACACACACGAAUGAUCGUCGUUCCCGGUCGUUCCACACCUAGCGCGCCAAUUUUUCGUCGUGUUUAUGUUAUUUUUUGGUUUUUUUUUUUCUCUCGUUUUUACGUAUCACUCGCGCCAGUCGACCACGAACGCCGAUAAUUACGCGUAAGUCGUCUUGUACUCGUUUCGACGUGAAUUAAUACCGUAGUGGUUGUUCGGUCGAUCCAGUAGCGGCAUAUACCGCGCUAAAUAUCGACGUUGGCGGCGGCUAUCUCUCAUUUUAUUUCGUUAUUAUUGUUAUUGUAAUAUCACCGGUGUACUACCCCUUAACCACCAGUCACCCACACACCACCGACAACACUUGACAUUACCACGACUGCACAGGGAACUGAUAUAGAAUCAUCACGGCGGCCGAGAUAGCAUACCCGGUUUACUACACACGGACACGUUUACGACGUACAGAUAUAUUAACUCAACAAUCACCAUGGAUCUUGGAACAUUAGAUAGUCUUACUUUCUAUCAAGACUGUAUAGACUUUGACAUGAAAAGUGAUUAUGACCGUGUUUUAUCAAAUAAUAGUUUCAACUAUGAUGAUUCAUUGUCAUUGAAUGAUGACAAUAUGAUGUCCAUGAUGGAUCCGCUCAAUUCUGGAUUAUGGCUCAAUUCUGAUUCUGAUUCACAUCAUCACUUAGACUUUAUGGAAGGCGAUUUAGAGUCAGCAAUCAUGGUUAAUCCUAAUUCUGUAAUACCAUCAUCUGCUGCAGCAGAAAUUAAGAUUAAGGAUGAACCAGUUGAUGUACCAAUUUUACCAAAAACAUAUCUACCUAUUACGAUUAAAAAAGAGAAGCUUGACUCAGUGGAACCUCAAGAAGUUAUGAUUAAGUUUCCCGAAAUUAAUCCUGAAAAUAUAAAAUCUGAAAAAUUGCCAUUAGAAAUAACUAAAGUGGAAGAACUCAAACCUAUACCAAAAGCUAUUAGGCUAUCUGAUUUGUUAAGUCAAACAUCAAGUAUUGGCCAACAGAAGACUGAAUUAAUGACUGUACGUGUAACAAUGCCAUCAGCCUUGCCUACCCUAAAGACAACUGUAACUUCUAGAACAGUUCCAAUUUCUUUUGUGAAUAAUACUAUUUCUGGGCAUUACAAAAUUGUUAGGCCUAAGCAGCAAAUAAAACCAAUUCAAUCGAGAAUUAAUGGCAACAAAAUGAAUGAAAGUAUGGGUCUUUAUCCAAGACCUACUUAUUCCUACUCAUGCUUAAUUGCUAUGGCAUUAAAAAAUUCAAGUUCUGGAUCUUUACCAGUUUCAGAAAUUUAUAAUUUUAUGUGUAAACAUUUUCCGUAUUUUAAGACUGCCAGUAGUGGAUGGAAGAACUCUGUUCGUCACAACCUGAGUUUGAAUAAGUGUUUUGAAAAGAUUGAAAAACCAAUUGGUAGUACAGGUGCCCCAAGAAAAGGAUGUUUAUGGACAAUGAAUCCCAGCAAAAUAUCAAAAAUGGAUGAUGAGAUGCAAAAAUGGUCACGUAAAGAUCCCUCUGCUAUUAGACGUGCAAUGCUUAAUCCUGAACAUUUGGAUUUACUGGAACGUGGUGAGAUGAAUGAAUGUUAUGAUCGACGUGACAGUUAUUUCUUUGAUGAUGAAGAAGAGGAGGAGGAAGAAAUAAUCAGCCAAGAAAUGACAUCUGAAGAUGACAGAAUCAGUGAUGUUGAAGAAGAAUCUGAUAAUGAGUCAAGAAUCGAUAAAGAUGAUUCACCAUAUCAGCUAAUAACAUUUGGCCUAGAUGAUUUAGCUAACCUUAAUGACCUUGGCAAUGAUAUUGAUGAUGAAGAAGAAAUAGAAGAGAGUUCAAAUGAUGGCAGCUUCGGCAUUGAAGCAUCAGAGUAUAAAACAAACUUUGACGAUUUGAUAUCUGUUCAAGACAUGCCUCUAACAUAUGUAGUUCAGCCCCCAAAUAAGACUGUAGUUAACAAUAAACGACCGUAUCAACAACCUUUAUUUAAGGGUAGUUAUGUGUUGACUAAAAGUGUUACAUCAAGUGUACCAAGUCCAAAGCGAAAAUUCAUCAGUAGGCCAGUAUCAAUAUUAAGAAAUAUUUAA